CCAUGUUUGCGGAAGCAUAGUAAAAGCAGCUAACUGGAGAAGGAGGCUUGUGACUUUUCUGUGUAUGUUGUAGCUGUGUUUUAUAAUCCAACAUGAAUCUACCGAAGGGACCGGAUUCUUUGUGCUUCGACAAGGACGUUUUUAUGAAGGAUGACUUUGACGUUGACCAGUUUGUGUCGGAGUGUCGGAAGCAGGUCCAGCUGGAGGAGAUGAGAGAGGACCUGGAGCUCUACUAUAAGCUGCUGAAAACGGCGAUGGUGGAGCUUAUCAACAAGGACUAUGCUGAUUUUGUUAACCUCUCCACCAACUUGGUGGGGAUGGACAAGGCCCUCAAUCAGCUUUCAGUGCCGUUGGGGCAGUUACGAGAAGAGGUUAUGAGUCUGCGGUCCUGCGUGAGUGAGGUGAUUCAGGCUAUAGACAGCCAGCUGUCCAAACACGAUGAUCUGCAGAAAAAAAAGGUGUAUGUAUUGAGGUUAAUUCAGGUGGUGCGGUCAGUGGAGAAGAUUGAGAAGAUCCUUCACUCACAGAACUCCAAGGAAUCCAGCUCUCUGGAAAGCAGCAGUCCCUUGUUAGCAGGUCAGAUCCUGGAGAGGAUUGCUACAGAAUUCAACCAGCUGCAGUUCCACGCUGUACAGAGCAAAGGCAUGCCCCUGUUGGACAAAGUCAGACCUCGUAUCGCAGGGAUCACAUCCAUGCUGCAGCAAUCUCUAGAGGGCCUGCUGAUCGAGGGUCUCCAAACAUCCAAUGUGGUCAUAGUGCGUCACUGUCUGAGGACAUACGCCACCAUAGACAAGACUCGAGAUGCUGAGGCCCUGGUAGGACAGGUGCUGGUCAAACCAUACAUGGACCAGGUGAUAGUAGAAGAGGUGGUGAAGUCCACUCCGAAUGGUCUCCAGUUGAUGUACUCUAGACUGUUGGAGUUUGUUCCUCAUCAUUGUAGAUUGCUUAGAGAGGUCACUGGAGGAGCCGUAUCCAGUGACAAAGCUGACAUAGUGCCAGGUUAUGAUUUCCUGGUGAACUCUGUGUGGCCAGAGAUUAUCAAAGGGAUGGAGGAGAGGUUGGCCUACCUUUUCAACCCUGGAAACCCCGACAUAUUCUAUGAGCGUUACACUGAGAGCAUGGAGUUUGUGCGGAGGUUUGAGCGUCAGUGCAGCUCGCAGGCCAGUGUGAAGAGACUGAGGGUACACCCCUCAUAUACAAGCUUCCACAACAAAUGGAACCUGCCUGUAUACUUCCAACUACGGUACAAGGAAAUAGCAGGAAGUCUGGAGAACAGCAUAAGCGAUGGACUAGAGGCAGCACCAGCUGGCAGUUCAUACCACCUGCAGGUAUCGGAGGUGUUGUGGUCCUGCCUAGUGAGAUGCUGGUCAGAUAAAGUCUAUCUGUCACCUCUGGCCCAUCGCUUCUGGAAGCUCACAUUGCAGCUUUACGCACGAUAUGCCAAGUUUCUUGAUGAGGUAUUGACUAAGACUCCACCCACCGAGGUGACUAAAGAGCCAACCAGGCCUCUGCCGAGCUCAGCCUCUUCCACCUCCAGCCGAACGUCAAUGGACGAGGGCGGCAGUGAAAGUGGGAGUCCUGCCUCCCUGUCCACCAAAAAGCUGGUCUACAUUGCAGCGGACAUCCAAAAGCUGCAGGAGCAGAUACCAGAGUUGUCAGAGAUGGUCAGAAAGCGGUUAGAAGCCAUUGGAUUCAAAAACUUUGCAAUUGUGGAAGAUGCUCUAUCAGACUCCAAGGCUUGCCUGUCAAGUAGCAUUCCCACUGUGAACACCAGGAUGACCCAGCAUCUGACUGAACGCUGUUGCCGCUUCCUGAAGAGUGCCUCUGAGGUUCCACGACUCUACCGCAGGACUAAUAAGGAUCUGCCGGCACGUGCAUCAGCCUACAUGGACAACGCCUUACGACCGUUACAUCAGUUACUGACUGACUCAACGGGGCUAGUCACGCCCUCUACGGCACAAGAGUGGCUGCGAGUUGCACUAUCCGACUGCACACAGAGGUACUAUGAGACCAUCUCAGAGGUGCUGAGCUCAGUGCGAAAGAUGGAGGAGAGUCUGAAGCGACUGAAGCAAGCCAGAAAGGGUGCGAGCACGACUACAACGGCAGGAGCAAACGGUGGACCCACGGACGACAGCAAGAUCCGACUUCAGCUGGCACUGGAUGUGGAAUAUCUGGGGGAACAGAUCCAGAAGAUGGGCCUUCAGCCAAGUGACAUCUCCAUGUUCUCCACUCUGAUGGACCUUGUGAGAGAGGCCCGAGAGCUCGCUGAACAGAACCAGUAAAAAGUUGACUUCCUAGUAACUGAAAUCCAUUAACAUGCUGCACUCAUUCCUGCAUUACCUGAAGACUUGUGAAGGGGAAAAAAAACAUUUAGGAUGAUCAGACCAGGAAGAAUGUAGGGCAACAACCGACACUACUGAAAUCCUUUUUGUUCAGAAAUAUCUCCAUUUAAUGCAUACUUUUAUACUUUAAUGCACAAACGUUUCAACAGCAGGAACCUGUCUGAAUUGCGUCUGAUUGAGCUGUAAAUUGUUGUUGGGAACAGCGGAGAAACUACUGUCUGAGUGAGACAAUGUGAAUAAAAGGGACUGCAUUGUAAUGUGUUCAUGAAAUAUUUAUCACAAAAUGACGCCGUGUGCUUGUGAUAGGCCCGACUCUAUAGAAAAUGAUUGGACUGAUCAUAUGUUGGGACACAAUUGUCCAUAACAAGAAUCUAAGUUGUAAAGGGAGAAUGUCAUUCAAACAAUAUUUGUUUCAUUUCUGCUACUUGGUGAAGGAUCCAUGUUCAUUUUUGUUCAAAUCAAAGUUGUAUAAUAUAUGUUAAUAUAACAUAAUUUUGGAAUAAAUUUAAAAGCUUUG